CAAAUUUUUGAAGAGUGGGGAAGAGAGAUAGAUAGAAUCCUUCACAACCUUAUCCUCUGGAGUACCUAUUAUUAUCUCACUCUCACUAUUCUACUGGGUUUCUACUCAAAAAUAAACAUGCCACCUAUGUUGUAAUCUUCAUCCAUAAACACAUAUCAUACCAUACCAUGAUGACUACUACAACUCCCUCUACAAUUCUCAAUCCACAAUUUCUUCACAAGCAUGUUAGGCACAACACCAUUUAUAUACUCACCAACAAGUCUCACUUCUCUAUUCAUAGAUCAUCACAGUUUCACUUCUCUCACAUUGUACCUAUACAAUCAACCUUAAAGGGUCCAAAGGGAUUUGGACCUUCCCCAAAGAAAAAAAACAAGACAAUUAAGAACCUCAAAAAGAACAAAGAAGAAGAAGAUGAAGAUGAUGAUGAAGAAUAUGAAGAAGAAGAAGAUAGAAGAGAGCAAGGAAUCAUUCCUGAAGUAGUGACAAACAGAAUGAUAGGGAGAAUGGCAUUGUCUGUUGGGAUUCCAUUAAGUGUUGGACUUUUGUUCUUUCCAUUUUUUUACUAUCUUAAAGUUGGUUUGAAAAUUGAUGUGCCAAAUUGGGUUCCAUUUCUUGUGUCUUUCUUCUUUUUUGGGUCUGCACUUUUAGGAGUGAGUUAUGGGAUUGUUUCUGCUAGUUGGGAUCCAUUGAGGGAAGGGUCACUUUUGGGAUGGACUGAAGCACAAAAGAAUUGGCCUGUUUUUUGGAAAUCACUUAGAGGUGGUUCUCAGAAGGAUUAGCUUCUUUUUUUUUUUUUUUUUUUUCUUCCUAUAUAUUAUUUGUCUUACCAUACUUGAUUAUAUUAGUUAAUGCAUUUGUAGAAGGAAUCAGCUUAUUUA